CGAGCAGCGAUAAGAGAUGCUUGAUAAGAGAGUCUUCAAAACCCAGAUACGGACACUGAGAGCGGAUGUCUGGACACAGCUUGUCUGCCACGUCCAGAGGGAAGGAUUCGUCAGAACAGCCGUUCUUCUCUGACGACACUUAGCAGUGACCCUGACUGUGUCCAGCUCUGUAGACUGUUUCUACCAAUGGGUCUCUCACUGUCAGCUUGGUUGUACAGCAGGGCAGCCGAAAGCCAUCCCUCCUCUUCGUCAGUUUUCCCUCCACUGGCUGUCCCGACCUCCUCUCGCCUCGCGGUCACUCUGAACUCCUCCCCAGUUUCUCCAGGGGACAGUCGCUCACACUGGAGCUCAGUCCACCGCUCUCCUCACUUUCUGCUCUCUGCCUGCAACCAGAAAGUGACACGUUCACCUGUUGAGCUUAGCAGCGAUGGGGUGCGAGCGGAGAUGGGGGUGAAAGGUGGGCUUCAUGUCUGGGAGGUGCUGUGGAACCCCGACCACAGAGGGAGUCACGCCGUCAUGGGCAUUUCCGGGCAGGACUGUCCUCUGCAGGCCUCAGGGUACAACGUGCUGGUGGGUGGAGAUGCACAGUCCUGGGGCUGGGAACUCAAAACCAAUCAGCUCUGGCAUGGUGGACAGAGUCUGGGACAUUACCCAGGAAAGAGGAGGAGUUGUCACUCUGAGGCUGCGCAGGAUUUCAGGCCACGAGAUUCCACUUCACCGGAGACAAAAGUGGCAGAGACAUCUCUCCCCAUCCCUGAACGCGUCCUACUGGUCCUGGACGCCGACGCAGGGACUCUGGGAUUCGUUGUUGAUGGCAGCUUUCUCGGCGUAGCUUUUGAAGACCUUCCUCAUGGGGUGGAGCUGUUCCCAGCGGUGAGCAGCGUAAGAGGGGGAGCCCGCAUACAACUUCGUUACCUGAACGGUGCCACACGUGACCCACCAGCCCUGAUGGCUUUAUGCCGACUGUCAAUUCGUCAGUUUUUAGGGCAUCAGAGGCAGAAUCAAACUGACAAAUUGCCUCUGCCCCCUUUUCUCCAGCACUACCUGCAGUCCAGUUAUUAAUUUGCACAUACAUGCACACAAUAGGAAUGCUUUUGUCAAUUAUUGCACAGUGUACCAAGGACUUACAGAACUUACGUGUAACAUUAUGGCCAGACAAGUGAAUUUAUUAUUCAUCUUACAGUAUUUAUUACAAUGUGAUAUAUAUGUAGUCGGAUGAUAAUAUUUUGAAACUCAUCUGUAAACUUUGUUUAGUUUCAAAAUAUCAACACUGAGAGGAUUUUUGGGGGAUUUGAGGGCACUUUUGUUUCGCAAACUUGAGGCGUUGCAUCUUCAAUUCUGAACAUUUCUUUCUU